CUUGACUUCAACGUCGACUCCCCGAGAGCCAUUAAUCCACCAUCAUUACUCUACGACUUCCAUCGAGCGACAAUAAACCUCAAGGAAACCACAGGCUGGUUUCUGGAUGACGGCGUCGUUGAGUCCAUCGCGAGUUAGCCCGUCGCGCAACAUUCUCCUACAAUGAACCCGUCCUUGGCUUGUGGACUGACCCUUUCCCCUCUAGCAAUCCCUUAUCUGAGAAAAUGGCCAACGAGCGGACGCCUCUCAUACAAAUUGUCCAUACCGCGCGUCCUAGGAGGAGAUACCCGCAUCAGACAUGCCGCCGGUUCUUCACCAUUGCUUCUAGCGCUAUCCUAAUCUACGCCUUCACAUCAUUCGCCUUCCAUGCCUUCUUUAUCUGGCCACUCGAACACCGUCAUGGUAAGCAUGGCCACUACACUGCACGCCGUAAAGGAUUGAGUCCCGAGGAUGUGCAGUCCAUUCUCUUCGACACCCCGUCCCCUGAACAGGCCGAGGAAUGGAGCCGCUACUACACUUCUGGUGUUCACCUUGCUGGCACAAACUACUCUCAGGCCGAGUGGACCAAGGACCGUUGGGAAGAGUGGGGAGUAAAGUCUGACAUUGUCUCUUACGAUGUCUACCUCAACUACCCCGUCGAUGCAAGCGUCUCGGUUCUGGAGAAGCCGAAGAACGCCAGCGACUGGAAGGUAGCUUUCAAGGCAUCCCUAGAGGAAGAUAUCAUCAAAGAGGAUCCUACCAGCUCUGUUGCGAACAGAGUUCCAACCUUCCAUGGCUACUCAGCCAGUGGCAACGUUACGGCGCCUUUCAUCUAUGUCAACUACGGCACCUACAAGGACUACGAAGAUUUGGUCAACGCUGGAGUCGAUCUUGAAGGCAAGAUUGCCAUCGCGAGGUACGGCGGCAUCUUCCGCGGUCUCAAGGUUAAGAGAGCCCAGGAGUUGGGCAUGAUUGGAAUCUUGAUUUAUAGCGACCCUGGCGAUGACGGUGAGAGGACUGAAGAGAAUGGGUACAAGAUCUAUCCCGAAGGGCCCGCAAGACACCCUAGCAGUGUCCAGCGUGGAAGUGUUGAGUUUUUGAGCGUCAGCCCAGGCGACCCGACUACGCCUGGCUGGCCAUCUAAGCCUGGUGCUCCCCGGGCUCCUGUCGAUGUCUCCACCCCGUCCAUUCCUUCUGUCCCUAUAUCCUAUGUCGAUGCGCUCCCAAUUCUCAAGGCCCUCAACGGCCAUGGCCCCAAGGCAUCUGACUUUAACCAAUAUUGGAAUAAGAACCUCGGACUAGCUUACAAAGGCGUCGAAUAUAAUAUCGGACCUACCCCUGACAAUGUCGUGGUCAACUUGUUCAAUGAGCAAAAGUAUGUCACUACUCCUCUCUGGGAUGUCAUUGGAAUCGUCAACGGAACCGUUCCGAACGAAGUCAUUGUCGUCGGAAACCAUCGGGAUGCAUGGAUUGUCGGCGGAGCAGGCGAUCCGAACAGUGGUUCCGCGGUUUUGAACGAGGUAAUUCGUGGAGUGGGCAAGGCUGUCGAGGCAGGAUGGAAGCCUUUUCGAACCAUCGUCUUUGCCAGCUGGGAUGGCGAGGAGUACUCGCUCAUCGGCAGCACUGAGUGGGUCGAGGAGUAUCUACCCUGGCUGUCAGAUGCCAAUGUGGCCUACGUCAACGUCGACGUUGGUGUUGGUGGACCUCGAUUCCGCGCCUCUGCAGCGCCUCUCCUGAACCAGAUCCUCCGCGAUGUUACUGCCCUGGUCCCAUCUCCGAAUCAAACAGUCGAGGGACAGACAAUCGGUGAUCUUUGGGACGGCAGGAUUGCUACGAUGGGUAGCGGUAGCGAUUUCACCGCUUUCCAGGACUUCGCCGGUAUUCCUUGCAUCGACAUGGGCUUCAAGGAAGACGCACAGAGUGCGGUUUACCACUACCACAGCAACUAUGACAGCUUCUACUGGAUGAGCGAAUUUGGUGACCCCGGUUUCAAAUAUCACAAGACCAUGGCUCAGAUUUUGGGCUUGACAAUUGCAAAAUUGGCCGACACUAUCAUUAUCCCCUUCAACGCUACCGAGUAUGCCGAAGCGCUCGGGGGCUACAUCGACCAGGUGGAGGCCAAGUUUGAGCCUGCGUCUGAGCCCCUCACUGACGACGAGAUCUUUACUCUGCGUGCCAGCGUUACAACUGAUACUGUAAUGGGAAGCGAAGACGCCUUCAAGAAGAGCCUCCGUGGCAUUCGGGAAUCGCUCAUCGCCCUGCGUGUCAAGGCAGGCGAGCUUGACGAACAAGCUGCUGAGGCCAGUCGCCAGCUUGUGGAAGGCAUCCCAUGGUGGAACAUCAUCAAGAAGAUUCGACUCGGAAUCACCAUUGCCAAAGUCAACAAGCAGUAUAAGUUCCUGGAGAGAAGUUUCCUAUAUGAGGGCGGCCUUGACGGACGAACGUGGUUCAAACAUGUGGUGUUUGCGCCUGGCCUUUGGACUGGCUAUUCGGGAGGUAAGUGGUUAUUUAAUUGUUGGUUGCUUGACGUUUGCUAACAUAGGACCAGCUGUAUUCCCUGGCUUGGUAGAAAGCAUCGACGCCAAGGACUAUAUCAACGGCCUAAAGUGGGCUGGCAUUAUUGAGAGUUGUAUUACGAACGCCAUCCAGAGCCUGAGUGAGUGAUCUGAAGGAGACGCCAUCGUUGGUUGGGUAUGACAUUUGGAUGAAAUGUUUUGGAUUUGAGACGGGUCACAUAUCUCCGACUAAUAGUUGAGGAACGAUGUGAGCGAAUAUCAUUUACACGACUCUCUAAUGAGCGACAGUCUGUAUAGAGCGCCAGUGCGACUCCCUCAUUACUCGACGCCAAAUGGUAUCCUUAAAAGCAAAUACAACCAAACCUUGAUCUUAAUUCAAAUCUCAACAUCUCUUCUCUCUU